AUGCACACCUUGCAAUCUGCCAUCCUCCUCGGGGGCCUCCUAGCCACCCAGGUCGCCGCUCACGGUCAUGUAACCAACAUCGUGAUCAACGGAGUCUACUACAGAGGUUGGAACAUUGACAGUGACCCCUACAACUCCAAUCCACCUCUGGUGGCUGCUUGGCGGACCCCGAAUACUGCCAACGGGUUCAUCGCUCCAGAUGCUUUUGGCACAUCCGACAUCAUCUGCCAUCUGAACGCUCUCAACGGCCAGGGCCACAUCCAGGUGGCCGCAGGCGACAGGAUCAGCCUCCAGUGGAACACCUGGCCGGAAAGCCAUCACGGUCCGGUCCUCGACUACCUGGCCGACUGCGGGGGCUCCUGCGAGACCGUGGACAAGACGACGCUGAAGUUCUUCAAGAUCGACGGCGUCGGCCUGGUGGAUGACACAACUCCACCAGGCAUUUGGGGAGACGAUCAGCUGAUCGCCAACAACAACACCUGGCUGGUCGAAAUUCCCUCGAGCAUCGCGCCGGGGAACUAUGUGCUCCGGCACGAGCUGAUCGCCCUCCACGGCGCCGGCAGUGCGAACGGCGCCCAGAACUACCCGCAGUGCUUCAACCUGCAAAUUACUGGGUCGGGCACCGUGAAGCCGUCUGGCGUGCUCGGCACGGCGCUGUACUCUCCUACCGACCCGGGCAUUCUGGUCAACAUCUACAACUCGCUGAACUAUAUUGUCCCAGGACCGACGCCCAUCCCUCAAGCCGUAUCGGUUGUACAGUCCAGCUCGGCCAUCAGGGCUACUGGCACUGCAACAGCCCCUGGUGCUACAGGUGGAACCACGGCGACGACGACCAGCAAGGCCACGACGACUUCGUCUACGACUCUUGUCACAACGACGUCCGCCUCCACGACUAGCAGGACCACAACGACGACCACGGCUGGUGCCGGAGGGUCGCAGACAGUAUAUGGUCAGUGUGGUGGAACGGGAUGGACAGGGCCGACGGCGUGCGUGGCUUCGGCUACUUGCACGACGCUAAAUCCGUACUAUGCUCAGUGUCUUCCUACCAGCACUUAG